AUGCUUUAUCAAGAAUUAGAACAAGAACCAUUCAAUGCCCAUGAGUUUGUGGAACGUCAUGCAUGGCGUACAAUGGGCACAAGAGCACAAACCAACUGUGAUGAAUUUGACCCAAUGAGUCUGCAUGCAGCUUUUGAACGAAUGAUUAGGGACCUACGUGAGAAGAAUUUGCAGAUGCACAAAAAAAUAGAGAAAUUGGAGAUGAGCUGCAAGGAUGAAGAAAAAAGACACUGGCAACGAGUGACCGAAUUACAAAGGAAAAAUCAGAGCUCUUACUCCAAAUUCAAAGAACUUGAUGAGAGAAUUAACUUUGUAGCCACCAAGGUCGUCCACUUAGGGGACCAGUUGGAAGGGGUCAACACUCCCAGAGCAUGUGCAGUUGAGGCCCAGAGAUUGAUGAACUAUUUUUCUGAAUUCCUUUCUGAUGAACCUCUCAAGUGCACAAUAUUCACUGACUCUUGCCAACUUCAAUUAGCUGCUGACAUAAUCCAAAAGUUGCACCUUAUUGCCCAAGAAUUACCAAGUGGACAGAAAUUUGACACGGCCAGACAAAGAAUUUCAGAUAAAUAUAACCAAGUAGAAAAUGAACUGAUUGAAGAAUUUAAAAAUGCUCACCAAAAAAAUGAGAAAACUAAAAUGAGACGAGUUGCUUCAGUGCUUCAAAACUUCAAAAGUUAUGGUAAAUGCAUUGAUUCUUUUAUUGAAGAGACGCAAAAGGGUUCCUUCACUUCUGAUAACAUUUUCAAUGAAGUCCUACCAUUGUGUGACCGAACCAAUGAACUGAUUAUCAGUGUCUUCACCAACCCUGAGAGUGUAAUGGGAAAACUAGUGCAGAGAAUAUAUCUCGGCCCACUAAAGGACCAUAUUUCAAUGAAACUGGAAGGACAAUCUGACCCCGAGAAGUAUCUUACCAAUCUAUAUGAUUUAUACACAAGAACUGCCAAGUUAUCAAAUGAUCUCUCCAAAUUUAAACUUGGGAAUGACAGUGCCUUCCUCAGUAAACAGACAAAGUGUAUAUUCCAGAGACAUCUCGAUGCAUACAUAAGUCAUGAAAUUAAAUUUCUACAUGACCGCUGUUCACUGAUGUUACAAAGAUACUAUGAUAGCAAGAAUCACCAGAAGAAGCAGAUACAGUCUGGCGGCAUCCAUGAUCUAAAGAGAGAGUUUCAAGUUGUUAUUGCAAAUGUCAACUUCAAUAUAGGGCCUGCCAUUGAAAAUUACGGUGGAGAGAUUUUCCUCUCCCAAGAAGUAGCAAUGAAUAUUUUGCAAGAGACCAAACUAGCAUUUAAACGAUGUAAAGUUAUUUCCAGCCAAUCUGAUUUGCCUUCAAAUGCUGUGAGGAUUCUUGAAACAUUGAUUCAAUAUCUUGUCAUUGAACAUAUUGACUAUGCCGUAGAACUAGGACUGCAAGCCAUUCCUCUGCCUGAUGCUAAGACACCCCCAGAGAUUUAUUUCUUUGAUGUGACUGGCCAGGCCAACACUUUGUUCCAUCUUUUUGAGAAACAGUUCAUGGAUAGUCUGGUACCUUUAGUUUUGUCAUCCCCUAAGCACAGUAGUUGUUUGCAACGGAAACGUGAACUGAGAGAUCAGCUAGAGAGCAAAAUAGACACAGGAUUAGACAGAUCUAUAUCUGCCAUUAUUGGUUCCAUCCGUCAUAUUUUAGCCACUGAACAAAAGAAGUCAGACUUCAAGCUUGAUGCUGAUGCCAACAUGCAACUGCGUUCAGAGGCUUGUGCAAAGACUGUCACUUUUCUGAAGUCCCAGGUUGAUAAUAUCCGACGUAGCCUUGACGGAAAGAAUGUUGAUGUCGUGCUCACUGAACUUGGAACCCGAUUCCAUCGUCUCAUCUUUGAACAUUUCCAACAAUAUCAAUACAAUUCUCUGGGGGCCAUGCUUGUGAUCUGUGAUGUUAAUGAAUACAGAAAAACUGUGAAAGAAUUCCAAAUUCCUCUUAUCAAUCAACUCUUUGACAAGCUCCAUGCUCUUUGCAAUUUAUUGGUGGUUGUCCCUGAAACACUAAAACAAGUUUGCACUGGGGAACCAUUGGCGGGCCUUGACAAAUCAGUGAUCCUGUCCUUUGUACAGUUACGUGUUGACUACCGUUCCUCGAAACUGGCCACAUUGUUCAAGAAUUGCCAUGACUUCUAA